AUGACCACCGUUUUUGCGCGCUCACCUCUCCAAUCGCUCCCCAUGGCCGCAAACCGACCUACGACGCGACGGAGAAGUGUCAAACAGGCCUUUGAAGAUGAUGACGCACCCGCGCCCGCGCCCAAGCGCUCGCGGACCGAAGUAAACGGCACCAGCAAGAAAACCGCAACCGCGAAGAAGAGCGCAAAGGCUGCGUAUGACGAGGAUGACGACGGCUUCCAGUUCUCGCGACGCACUUCGAAAAGGACCACCAAGGCGCAAGCGGCAUCUGCGCCAGAACCCAUGCCCGAGGAGCCUCCAGCGAAGAACGCGCAAUCUCAGGAUCCCCUACCUGCCAAACCUACCGCGCGUCGGAAGAAGACUACGACUACAGUAGUCGAACUGGAGGUUGCAGAAACACAUAAGCGCCGGCGUUCGACGCGUCUUUCUGCCGACAAGGAGCAACUAGAAGUUCGCCCGAAAGCAGCAGAACCCGCCACCUCGAAGCGCCCGAGGAAAAGCGCGCCCGCCGAGAAAGAGAGAAGGAAACAAGUCACUCCAGUACCUGAGGCCAAGCCUGAGGGGAAAGGUGCCUUGGUAGGCACAAAGACGCCUACCCAGAAUGAGCUCACAGUCGCGAAGAAGCGCGACCCGAACGCGCAAAGGAUCAUGCUACCGUUUGCGGAUACUCCGGUCAUCACCAGGAACAAGGAGAUGCGAAAGGGCAGCAAGGAGGGGCAUCGCAGGAGCAGCACAGGCUUGCGAGGCAGGAGGGCGAGCUCGUUGAUUGACAGCGGGAUGUCAAAUGAAGUCGAAGUCCGAGACUUUUACAAGUACAUCGAGCAAAGUCUACCCGAGCCAAGGCGGAUGAAGCAACUGUUGACUUGGUGUGGAUCGCGAGCGCUACCAGAGAAACCAUCUGGCAAUGUCAAGAAUGCGAACGCAAUAAUGGCCGCAAGGGCGAUACAGCAGGAGCUGAUUGACGAUUUCGCAAGCAAACCAGAGCUCUCGGACUGGUUCAGCAGGAAUGAGAAGAACAACGCUACACUGCAGGAGUUGGAAGACGAAGUCAAAAGACUCGAAGCAGAGAAAUCCGCCUGGGAAGCAUUAGCAGCAACAUCCACAUCCAUGCCUCCCCCAGCCGCCCCUCCAAAGACUUUCCCGACACCGAAAUUCUCCGAAAUCGAUACCUCGCUUCUCGACCCCGAACAAGCUGCCAUCCUCGCCGCCCUUCAAACACCACAGACCCAAGACUCGGAGCAACGACCGCCGUCGUCCGCGUUCACAUUCACAACUACCACCGCACUGCAAUCACAUCUCACACACCUCAGCCAAUCUCUCGAACCGCACAUCGAUUUAUUUGCGGACGGCGUGCACAAGAUCGAACAAUACCGCAACACGGCCGAGCGCGUAGCGGAUCGCAUCCUCGGCACAGCGAGCAAGAGGCUAGAAGAGCGAGAUCGCGAAGUGAAGCAGCGUGUAGGCGCCGAGGGGAUUGGCGUGGGCGAUGUACUCCGUGGACUGGCAGGGGUGCUUGGUGAGCAAUAA